AUGGCUGGAGAAAGAGAAUAUGAUUAUAUGUUUAAAGUAAUCAUCAUAGGAGAAAGUGGAACUGGAAAAUCCUGCUUACUUCAUUAUUUAAUUGAAAACCGAUUCAAAAAAAACACUAAUCAUACAAUUGGAGUUGAGUUUGGCUGUAAAAGAUUGAAUAUUGGUGGUAAACAGAUAAAGCUGCAAGUAUGAGAUACGGCAGGCCAAGAAAGGUUCAGAAGUGUCACGAAAAGCUAUUAUAGAGGUGCUGCUGCAGCGCUCGUUGUUUAUGAUAUUACUAAUGCAGAGAGUUUUCAGAAGAUCCAUUCUUGAAUUAAUGAUGUUCGAGCAUUAGCAAAGCCAAAUAUUUCAAUUAUGGUUGUAGGAAAUAAAUCUGACUUAAAAAGCUCAAGAGCUGUGAAUUUUGUAGAGGCUUCAUGCUUCUGUCAGGAGCUAGAAGUCCUGCUAAUUGAAGCGAGUGCAGCUACGGGUGAAAAUGUGGAAGAAGCAUUUAAUAAACUUGCAAGCUCUGUAUUAACUAAACUUGAUGGUAAGCAGCUUGAGCAUACACAAGGAAUUCAGCCUGGUCCUGGAAGAUUAUCAACUAUUCAUGAUAGAUCUUGCAGCUGCUAA